UCAGAGGGGUCUCUUCUGCCAUGUUUACCCUCCUCCCAGGUUGCUGUCUUCCAUGUGUGGGCAAUAACUCUGUCAUCAUGUCAGUCAGCGUCCAUGAGAACCGUAAAUCCCGGACUAGCACCGGCUCCAUGAACAUCCUGCUGUUCCACAAAGCUUCCCACCCGGACUGCGUCUUGUCCCACCUGAACACGCUCCGCAAGCACCGCAUGUUCACCGAUGUCACCCUCUGGGCAGGGAACAGGUCCUUCCCCUGCCAUCGGGCAGUGCUGGCGGCCUCCAGCAGGUACUUUGAAGCCAUGUUUAGCAAUGGCCUUCGUGAGAGCCUGGAUGAUGAGGUGAAUUUCCAUGACAGUCUGCACCCCGAGGUGCUCGAACUGCUGCUGGACUUUGCUUACUCCUCUCGGAUCAUCAUUAACGAGGAAAAUGCAGAGUCCCUCCUGGAGGCCGGAGACAUGCUGCAGUUCCAUGAUGUCCGAGACGCGGCGGCCGAGUUCCUGGAGAAGAACCUCUAUCCUUCCAACUGCCUGGGCAUGAUGUUGCUCUCGGAUGCUCAUCAGUGCCGGAGGCUCUAUGAGCUCUCCUGGAGGAUGUGCCUGGUCAACUUUGAAACUGUUCACAAGAGUGAGGAUUUCAACAACCUAUCCAAGGACACUCUUCUGGACCUCAUCUCCAGUGAUGAGUUGGAAAUUGAGGAUGAAGAAAAGGUCUUCAAAGCUGUCAUCCAGUGGGUAAAAUAUGAUCUGGAUGAGCGGAAGGCUUAUCUCCCAGAGCUUCUGAGGAACGUUCGCCUGGCCUUACUUCCUUCUGAAUGCCUCAAGGAAGCCUUGGCUUGUGAGGACCUGAUCAUGGUUGAUGAAAGGAACAAACUUGUCUUGGAUGAAGCUAUUCAGUGCAAAAAGAAAAUUCUCCAGAAUGAUGGAGUGGUCACCAGCCCCUGUGCCAGGCCUCGCAAAGCCGGGCACACCUUGCUUAUCCUGGGAGGGCAGACCUUCAUGUGUGAUAAGAUCUACCAAGUGGAUCACAAAGCAAAGGAAAUUAUCCCCAAGGCAGACCUGCCAAGUCCACGGAAAGAGUUUAGUGCCUGUGCCAUUGGCUGUAAAGUAUACAUCACGGGAGGUAGGGGCUCCGAGAACGGAGUCUCCAAAGAUGUGUGGGUGUAUGACACUGUUCAUGAGGAGUGGUCAAAAGCUGCCCCAAUGUUAAUAGCUCGGUUCGGGCAUGGUUCGGCUGAACUGGAGAACUGCCUCUAUGUGGUUGGUGGACACACGGCAGUGGCUGGCGUCUUUCCAGCAUCACCUUCUGUUUCCUUGAAGCAAGUAGAGAAGUACGAUCCUGCAUCCAACAAGUGGAUGAUGGUGGCCCCGCUGAGAGACGGAGUGAGCAACGCUGCUGUGGUAAGCGCCCGGCUCAAGCUUUUUGUCUUCGGCGGCACCAGCAUUCACCGGGACAUGGUGUCCAAAGUCCAGUGCUACGAUCCAGGUGAGAAUCGGUGGAUGAUCAAAGCGGAGUGCCCGCAGCCCUGGCGCUACACGGCGGCUGCUGUCCUGGGCAGCCAGAUCUUCAUCAUGGGGGGAGACACGGAGUUCACGGCAGCAUCCGCCUACCGCUUCGACUGCGAAACGGACCAGUGGACACGCAUUGGGGAUAUGACAGCCAAGCGCAUGUCCUGCCAUGCCUUGGCCUCAGGGAAUAAACUCUACGUGGUGGGGGGUUAUUUUGGGACUCAGAGGUGCAAAACACUGGACUGCUAUGACCCCACGUCAGACACGUGGAACUGUAUCACAACGGUGCCUUAUUCGCUCAUCCCCACAGCUUUUGUCAGCACCUGGAAGCAUUUGCCAUCAUGAGAGUUAGGGCUCUGGGGCUAAUACCCAGGAAUACAAUAAGGUAAGGGUCUCUUCUGCUAAAACUGAAACUUCUUAUCUUGCCUCAAAUGCGUUUCCCCACCACGCUGAAGCCAAGG